AUGCUUCCAGACGUGCGUGAAGUAAUGGUACAAUUCGCAGACAUUGUUGUCGGUAAUGUAGCUGCAGCGAGUGCCUGUGAUGGUCUCAGUAUUAAUGAUUCUGCUAUAUUAACACUGGAGCAGUGCGAAAGAUUCCGCAGGAAUUUGGUUGAGCAACAGACUGUACUGCAAGCAGACUGCUUGCGAAUGGAGGAUGCACUGCGAUUACAGUAUGAAAAAGAACUGAAUGGGGGUAUGUUGGAAAAUAAAACACCAGAUACGGCUAAAGUGUUUUAUUACAAAGGACGGUAA